UCUCCUGUCACUUGUCAGCAAUGAUUGUCAGUCGUCAGAUUGCAAGUGUCAUUAAAAUAGCAAAUGUUUACGAAUUGAUGUCAAUACAAUAAAAUAGGCAAUAAUCUAAUGCCGUUUUGUUUUGCAUGAUUGAGCACCAAUAAGCGAUAUAGAACGAAAUGACUUCCGCAUCAUCGAGUAGCGCGCGUUCUUUGUUCGCCGAGUCGAAGCAACGGUUGGCUGAACGAGUGCAAGUUAAUAUGAAUAACAUUUCAUCACUAUCUCGUCAAAUACAGCGUGGAUCCAAAUCAAAUGAGCUGCUGACAAAAGCAGCAAGAGAAAUGGCAUCAACAGAGAGUCAAAUGGAGAAUUGCGAAGAGAAUUUGAAGAAGAUGCAGUUGAUAGCUGUACACAUUGGAUAUCAGUUUGAGAACAUACACAAAUCGGCUUUAGUGUUGAAUGAGAUCAGCGAACUGAUUUCUGAUAUGCAAAGAUAAUCAGAUAAUAUAGUAUUUAUCAUUUAUAUUAGAGAACUGAUAUGCAAAGAUACCAUUUUUGUUUCAAAUAAAUUUAGGAUAAGUAAUGAAUGUAGAAAAAAUACUCAAAUUAGAAUGAUUUCUUAAGUUUAGGCGAAUGUUAUUCAUUGAAAUGAAACUAUUUUAAAUUUAUUUUAUAAUUUUCUCCCGACACUUCAAAAAUUUUGCAGCUUUCAUGGUCAUGGGACCGAGGUGGCGUUUGUCUGAAAAGUUAAAGUGACGAUAUCUACCAACAUUUUACAGUUAUAGUCUGAAGUCUUGAAAAUGUUGGGAGAACUAUAAAAACGAUGCAAAUUAUGAAAAAUAGUAUUAUUUCAAUUUUUUGAAGAAUUUGUAAAAUUUAACAAUUCACUGGAAGUGGAUACUUCUAAUGAGUUGUUCAGGGAUUUCUAAGAGAGCCCUCUGGUUAUCUAUGGGCUUCCAAAAGCUGAACAGUAUUAAAAAACUUUGUAAGCUGGUUAUAGUAACAUAAAUGCUAAUUUCUUGCAACCCACUAAAUGUGUCUCCAACAUAGAAAUGUUUUUUUCGUGAAAAAUUCUAGCAAUCUAUACAUAAUUUCAAAUAAGAUCUCAUUAAUUUAAAUUCAUUUUUGGAUGUUGUUUUUAAUAAAGACGGGCACAAACUAAUUUUUGUAUAUGAUUUUAAGAUGAUUUGUAAAAUUAUAGAUGUAAUAUUAUAUAGCUUUAUUAUGUGAAAAAUGCAGUAAUAAAUAUGCUUAAGUUUCAA